UCAUAGACCGCCAGAGUAUCAAAUGUCUCCCCAUAUUUAAAGCCAAAUAGACGGAGACAUGAAUUCCUCGCGAAGAAAAUCGAGUUCUCUGGGGAUCCCUAUAAUCAGAUAAACGGUUCAGAAGUGAAAUACACCAAACAUCAACGAUCCACUGAAAAAAUGCUAGGGAUUAGUACCUUAAGCUAUCGCCCAACAGAGUAACCGUCUGGAUCACUGAUCUAUCGGCCAUACUUGUUCGAACUGGAAGCCCGAGUAUGCUAGGCAUAUAUCUCCUCUCUCUCAUGGCGUGUUGGGAGCUCAAUCUUUCACGAUGUUCCGUACUAUGCUGCGCCGGCAUAAACGAAGUGGUUUCAAUUUCAAUGGAGAUCAACAGCACACAGGAAUCGCAGAUGAAUUGAAGGGUCAUUUGUCAUUUUUUGGGAGAAAUCAUGGAAUACAUGAAAUGGAUGGUGUUGAUGGAGAUGAAGAAUGGGGUAUGGUGCAGAAGAAAGGAAAUCAAUUCAUUGUUAAAAACCAGCCUUUCUAUGUUAAUGGCUUCAAUACCUAUUGGCUGAUGGUCUUUGCUGUUGAUAAAUCGACAAGAUCAAAGGUUACUGAAGUGUUUCAGCAGGCGUCUUCAGUGGGCCUCACUGUAUGUAGGACAUGGGCCUUUAAUGAUGGAGGGUGGAGAGCUCUUCAAAAAUCUCCUUCUGUUUAUGAUGAGGAAGUCUUCAAGGGAUUGGAUUUUGUAAUUAGUGAAGCAAAGAAGCAAAAAAUAAGGCUUAUAUUGUCAUUAGCCAACAACUGGGAAGCAUAUGGAGGGAAAGCACAAUACGUGAAAUGGGGAAAAGCUGCCGGCUUGAAUCUGACCAACGACGACGAUUUCUUCUCCCACCCCACCCUCAAAAGCUACUUCAAGGCAUAUGUCAAGACGGUUCUUACUCGAGUCAAUACAUUCACAAACGUGACAUACAAGGAUGAUCCGACAAUUUUUGCUUGGGAGUUGAUGAAUGAGCCGCGGUGCCUUUCGGAUCCCUCAGGGGAGAAAUUACAGGCAUGGAUACAAGAAAUGGCGCUCCACGUGAAGACCAUCGAUCCAGUCCAUCUGUUAGAGAUUGGAUCAGAAGGAUUCUACGGCCCUUCGACACCGGACAGAGCUCAAUUCAAUCCCAACACCUUCUCAACACAAGUAGGAACCGAUUUCAUGAGGAACCAUCAGGCGUUCGGCAUCGAUUUUGCUUCUGUCCACAUCUACGCUGAUUCCUGGAUAUCGCAAUCGAUCUCGGACGCUCACAUCCAGUUCGUGAAGUCAUGGAUGCAAGCCCACAUCGACGACGCCGACAAGACGCUCGGGAUGCCGGUCAUCUUCGGCGAGUUUGGCGUGUCCACCAAAGACAACGGCUACAAUGCAUCUUUCCGGGACAACCUCAUCAACACCGUCUAUAAAACCAUCUUGGACUCUUCAAGGAAAGGAGGGAGUGGUGGGGGCAGCCUCCUUUGGCAGCUCUUCCCAGAUGGGACAGACUACAUGGACGAUGGAUAUGCCAUUGUCCUCUCAAAGGCCCCAUCAACCUCCAACAUCAUCUCCCUCCAAUCCACAAGGCUCAUGCUCUUCAAUUCCUUAUGCUCUUGGAAGUGCCAUUGGGGUUGCAAGAAGAAGAAUCCUCUUGAGGGAUUCAUGUACCAUGAUGAGCUAUAAGAUGAUAGACCUGGUAUGGGUGGAAUACGUGUAUGAGAUCCAGGCUGUUUAUUCAUUUGGGGUUGAUGGGAUGGGUCAUAGCCUGAGAAUCAACGGUUGGAUGAUCUUAAUUGCCUAAUGGAAGAGUAUUCUUAUGUAAGUCUUCUGAUCUUCGGCUA